UGGACAAUCUAGCUCGAGCAAGUAUGCAGCCAUCACCUGUCUCGUCGGGAGAACGACCAACCCCGGUUGUUGCUGCACCGCCUGUACCCCAAGAACCUCCCGGUCUUUUCGGCCCUCGCACGCCCCGCACUUCCUAUCAUGGCCACUAACGCUAAUGUUGGUAUUGAGAGACCUGCUGCAGUUGACGACAUAAUGAUAUCUCACGUUCUGACUUAUGACUUGCUUACGAACAUUAAUAUUAUAUUCAAUAUUGCUCUGCACGCUGUAUCCUGUAGACCAUCUCUUUAUUUGCUGUAUCUUGGAAUCAAUUGGGGUCUUUUCACUGCCCUGACUGAUCACUGAGCGUACGCUCUACGUAGAACGGUCU